AUGUUAAGGAAUCUUGCCAAGAAAACGUCGCCGAUAAUUGGGGUCGCCAAAAAAGGGUUUCCUCGUGCGGUGAGCUCGGUGGUGACGCCGACUCAAGAUGAAGCUCGAGUGAGUUAUUCUUUCGAACAUAUAUUUCCAGUCUUCGCACUCCACGGGCAAGCAGGUACCACCAAGUAUGGAGGAAAGUAUACGGUUACGUUGAUUCCAGGUGACGGGAUUGGUCAAGAAACCUCUUCCGCUGUGAAAACUAUUUUCAAAGCAGCAAAUGUUCCUAUUGAAUGGGAGCAAUUGGAUGUUUCCGGAUACACCCAAGAGGAUGAUAUCUUAUUUCAACAGAGCGUUGAAAGUUUAAGAAGGAAUAAAGUCGCUUUGAAGGGCAUUCUCUACACGCCAAUAUCCAGAAUGGGUCAUCAGUCGUUCAAUGUUGCAAUGCGAAAGGGUCUCGAUAUAUAUGCGUCACUGGUUAUCAUCAAGAAUAUCAAAGGUUAUCCCACACGUCACAAAGAUGUGGACUUUGCAAUUAUUCGCGAGAAUACCGAGGGUGAAUAUGCUGGUCUCGAACAUCAAUCCUAUCCAGGAGUUGUGGAAUCGCUUAAAAUUGUGACUAGAGAAAAAACGGAACGUAUUGCACGUUUUGCUUUUGACUUUGCACUAAAAAAUAAUCGCAAAAAGGUCACGUGCGUUCACAAGGCCAAUAUCAUGAAACUCGGUGACGGACUUUUUCUCAACACAUGUCGCGAGGUUGCCAAAGAGUACGAAUCAUCAGGAAUCGAAUUCAAUGAUAUGAUCGUUGACAAUUGCUCUAUGCAACUGGUCUCCAGGCCACAACAAUUUGAUGUCAUGGUCAUGCCAAAUUUGUAUGGUAAUAUCGUGAGUAACGUCGGUGCGGCUCUUGUAGGUGGUCCCGGCAUUAUACCCGGUGCCAACAUCGGACGUAACUACGCCCUGUUUGAACCGGGAUGUCGGCAUGUCGGCAUGGAUAUAAAAGGUCGUAAUGUCGCUAAUCCGACAGCGCUGAUUCUUUCGGGAGUGUUAAUGUUACGCCACCUGGGAUUAGACGAUUAUGCCAGUCGAAUUAACAACGCCGUCAAAAGAACGAUUCAAAGUGGAUCGGUCAAAACACCUGACAUGGGAGGAACAUCAACGACCACUAAUUUCACCCUAUCGGUCAUCUCAAACUUGUAG